CAGUGCCAUGCUAUGGAACUUCAGAAAGUUUGAAAUCACAAAGUUUGAUAUCUAAAAAAAAAACAACAGAAGUCUAUUCUUUGAAGGUCUGAGUAAAUUUGCACUGGCUGAAAACCACUCCACUCUUUCCUCUGUGAUAAAAAAUGAACACAUAUAGGUACACAUAUGGGACAGACAGGGGAAGUAAAAGUUCAGUGAUAGCUUGUUGCGUCCAGUGGAACAGAGCAACUGGAGCAUUGUACUUACCUCCUGUAAUGAUUGUACUUUUCGUAUCGCAGAGCCACACUCAUUCCCAUGGGACUGUUUCCCAGCUACCUGUUUGCAAAGAGGUUCUUUGCCCUAAUACACCUCUGAGAAUAAGGAGGAGAAAAAAAGGGAAGAACAGAAUGAAAUGGGAGAGGAAAAAAAGGUUGCAGGAGAGACUGUUAGCGGAAGAACUGAAAAAGAGAGAAAGGGAGAAGAGAAGGGAAGAGCAGGAGAGGAAGGAGAGGGAGAAGGAGAAGGAGAAGGAAAGAAUCGAGCUGGAGGAGCAGAAGAUCAUCGAGAGGAUGAACAAAAUCCUGCAGAAAGAGAGGAAGGAGAAGGCGGAGACGAAGAGGUGGGUGGAGCAGCAGAAGGCGAGGGAGAGGCAGAAAAGAGAGAUUCAGGAGAAAGCCCGGCAGGAGGAAGAGGAGAAAAGACAACUGAAGGAGCUGGAGAAGGUGGAGAGGGAGAUGAGGAAGCUGGAGAAGAUGAUCAGCGAAAAGCAGGAAGAGAGGAAGAGGGUAGAGGAACAGAAAAGGAGAGACAGGGGGAGGAGGCAAAUCCUGGAGACAGAACAGAAAGAGCAGGAGGAGAGGAACAGGCAGGUGGAGGAAAAGCUCAUAAGGGAAAACGAAAGGAGGAUCGAGGAGACGGCGAGAAGAGAGAGGGAGGCCAAAAGGCAGCUGGAGGAUCGCAUAGCGAGAGAGAGGGAGAAGAAGAGACUCCUGGAGUGGGAGAAAAAAGAGAAGGAGAGGGCCGAGGGGAAAUGGAGAGCCGAGGAAGAGAAGAGGCUAAGGGAGGACGAGAAGAACAGAAAACAACUGGAGAGGGAGAUACAGGAGAUGGCCAGGCAGUUAGAGAAGGAGGAGAAGAAAAGGCAAGCGGAGGAACAGAGGAGGACGGACUGGGAGCGGGUGCUCCAGAAGCGGACGGAGAAAGAGAGGGAAGGCUGGAACAAACAGAACACCAAGGAGGAGUCCAGGAGAGAGACGCAGGAGAGGAUAUUCCAGGAGAGGAUGAGGAGGGAGAAGCGAAAGCACGAGAGGAAGCAGGCGGAGGAAGAGCUGAGGAGAGAGCUGGAGGAGAGGAACGUCGAGGACAGGCAGAGGAAGGAGAGAGAGAAGGGGGAGAAGGCGCGGGCGGAGGAACAGCUGAGGCGAGCGAGGGAGGAGAAACUCCGGGAAAAGAUGAAGAAAGAGCAACAGAGGGAGGAGGAGAGAAUGCAGCUGGUGGGAAUGAGAAGGAAAGAGCGAGAGAGCAAAAUCCAAGAGAAGGCGAUGAUGGAGAAGGAAAAGAUGGAGGAGAAGCAUCAGUGGGAGGAGCAGAGACGGAGGGAAAGGCUGAUGAAAAUGAAGGAGAAUGACAGGAGGGAGAAGGAAAAGGAGGAGGAGAAAAGGCUUUUCAACGAAGCCAAGCAGAGGGAAAGGGAAGAGAAGCGAACUCAGGAGGAGGAGAGGAAGUUAAAAGAAAAAGAGGAAGAGCAAAAAAGAUUGGAGGAACGGAGAAGGAGGCAAAAGGAGAAAGAAAAUCUGGAGAGGGAGAGGAAAGUUAAAGAGAAAGAGGAAGAAUUGAAGAGAGAGGAGGAAAAGAGGAAGAGAGAAAAAGAAAAGAGAAUUCAGGAGAAGGAGAAGAAAAAGAACGAGAAAGAGGAAGAAGUGAAGAGAGAGGAGGAAAUGAGGAAGAGAGAAAGAGAAAAGAGAAUUCAGGAGAAGGAGAGAAAGACCAAAGAAAAGGAAGAGGAGAAGAGAAGAGAGGAGGCCAGGAAAAAAAGAGAAAAGCAAAGGGCGCUAUGCGAGGAGAAAAGAAUGAAAGAACUGGAGGAGGAGAAAAGGACAGAGAAAGAGAGUGAAAGGAAAGACCAUUAUAAAAAGAAAAGGAAAGAAAGAAAGGAUUUGAAAAGUCAGGAAGAGGAAAAUUCAAAAACAGAAGGAGAGACAAAGAGGGGAGAAAAGGAGAGGAAAGGCCACGACAAGAAGAAAAAGGAGGAAACGAAGGAUACUAAAAGCCAAGAAAAGGAGGAAACUAAAAACCAAGAAAAGGAGGAAUCGACGAAAGGGGAAAGGGGGGAUUCGAAAAACACAGAGAGGGACCAAAAAAGGAGAGAGAAACGACUGAAACCGGAGAAGGCGGACGGAGAGAAGGCUGAAGAGGCAAAAGACAAAAAAAAUACCAAGAAAAGGUUUCAGAGAGCAAACAGGAAGAGGGGAAAAGAGAUGGUGGAAGUGGGGCACGAAGGUGAGGCGUAAGAGAACCGGUCCCAUCUCCGCAGAUCCCCCUCAGAUCCCCUGCCGAUCCCCCUCAAAUCCCCCCAGAUCCCCGCAGAUCCCCCACAGAUCCCCCUCAAAUCCCCCCCAGAUCCCCGCAGAUCCCCCCAGA